AUGUCUCUACCCACCACCAAGGCGCCACCGCCAGCGGCCCAAUCAUCGAUCCGGUCCUUCUUCCAGACCCAAGGGCCAAAGUACGUUUCUCCGCCGUCGACCUUGCCGCGACCACAGGAGCAGGAGAAGGACGCAACGUCAUCCAAGGACGCGUCUUCGUCGAAUUCCCCGGCCCGGACGCCGCUUCCCUCAGUCGACGAACCGAUCCCGCCGCCGCCCGAAAACAUGCCUCGCGAAGCUUCGAUCCGCACCAUGACGAGCGCAGACGUCAACGCCCUGCGCCGCAUCAACGCCCUUCUCCUGCCCAUCGCCUACCCCGACUCCUUCUAUCUCCGAGCCGUCAACCCCGCCGAGUCCGGCCGGUUCUCCCGCGUCAUCACCUGGGCGCACGAUGGCGAGGAGCCCAAGGUUGUCGGCGGCGUCGUUUGCCGCGUCGAGCCCGCCCUGCUGAACCGGCAACGCCCAGGCCCUGUCGGCGACUCUCAGCAGGUCCCUCACAACCUGUACAUCCAGUCGCUGUGUCUCCUCUCCCCCUUCCGGAAGAUGGGCCUCAUCAACGCGGCACUCGAAAACGUCGUGGCGACGGCCGUGACGGACCCGAAGCUCAACGUCCGCACCGUCACGGCCCACGUCUGGACCGAGAACGAAGAGGCCCUUCUCUGGUACGAAGGCCGAGGAUUUCGCCGUCAGGAGCCGCCGGUGCAGGCGUACUAUCCCAAGCUGCGGCCAAGCACCGCCUGGCUCGUCCACCGCGACGCCGGCGCCUCGGUUCUGAGCUCACUUCCUCAGCCAUCUCCGCCGCUCUCGGCGCGGUCGGUGAUGCCGAGCACGACGGUGGAUGUCGUAAACCUUCCGUCACCGCCGGCCAGCGCCCCCCCUUUGCAAAGCAACUUUCUCGCGCCCGCGCCGCCCCGGGGCCCGACCCGCGGCAAGUCGUACCAGAAUCAGCGAGCGGCGACGGAGUGGAACGAUCUCCCGUCCGACAUGACGCCGAGAUCGCGUUCCCUAGUCCGGAAGAUGGGCAGCGAGCCGUUGUUGGACGUCACAUCCAAAGUGAGCGCGGCGCCAAGGAAAAAGAGAGACCGGUCCUACCCUGCAGCAGCGUUCCACACCUAA